AUGCAGCAUUUUCAUGAACUUUUUAUUCUCACCGCAGCAGACUCGGUCCGCGCCACCGCAAAUGAUCGAAGGAGUACUCCAUGGAGCGACGUCAUGGUUCGUAUCUUUGCCUUUCAACUGCUUUCUUUUUCGUGCCAGUUGUAGUGAUGUAGUUAGCGCACAGAAAGGUCGAAUUCUUUUCCUCGUAGUUGUAGCACCGCUGACUUUUUGAGGACGUUGAAGAAAGCACGAGACGAAUAAAGACGAUAAUUUGAUUCAACACUACCUCGAACAAGCUAUCUAUGUACUUGAUCUGUAGUCCCCUGAUAGUAGAAAGGGUUUUCGAAGUCGUGCUUCCAGGUUUUUACCAAUAUAGUACCAGCAUCACGAGCACAAUGUUUUGUGAGUUUACAGCCGCGCAGACUAUGUUUACUUAUGCAGAUUAAUGUAUUCUCUUGUUGUUCUUGAAAGACUUGAAUCAAAAUUGACCGAAAAUCUUAUAGUGGAGCUCGGGUCAGUGUUCCAGCCUUUUUGAAUGACGGGAAUUAUAUCCCGUGGUGCUAUGUGUCUACGUCGCUAGUACUAGACGCUAAGUCUUCCAUAGAUCUAACUGGUAGUAGUCAAGAUGUGAACGAGGGUAUGAUGUCAAAGUCAAAGAAGAAAGCUCUGUGUCGGUGUAAGCAAAUACUGUACUCGUCUAAGGAGGCUCAAUAAAAGCUAUUUGCAUGUCGCCUCAUUUUUUACUUCGACGACAAUGUAAAUGUAAAGGCUAAAACGACGACCUAUCAAUACUAGUAAACGAAAAUAAGAUCUCAAUGUGAUGUGGUCUCUGUUCGUACAAAUUUAUCGUGUUCGCAGUCUAUGUAUAUCUACACCUACCGAAUGCUGCAAAACCUUAAAAUCUUCACUACGGCAGAUAUCCGUGCGUUCAAACGAAGUCUAUGCGAAAGAGUUCUAUGUUCGUAUUCGAAAUGUGUCAAAAAAAAUAUGAAAUACAGGUAGAAAAUCGUAGAUCUACACGGAAAGGACUACCUUCGACUUUGUUAAAGACACUAUCACACAGUACGACAGUACGACGGUUCUCGAACAUAUAAAAUUUUAAAAUCAUAGUUGGUCGUCUUCUCGUCUACAAUCAACACGUUCUACCCAACUACCUCUCGUUCUUCUACUCCUCCUCCCUCAUGUUCGCCUUUGACAACUACUUGUGGAUCUGUCAUACAUAAUUAAGUCUCGUAGGGAAAUACAUAGUACAAUUUUUUGAUCUCACGCCAAAUCCCAUACUUCAGGAUUCUAAAGAGACCGACGAACAAUCGACAGGAAAAUAGGGUGAGAACCUGUAGGCUCCAUUAUAGUCAUCUAAGUAGGAGAUAGUAGGUUUUUCAUCUGAUAAGCGAGGCUUACUCUUAUACCUGGGGAACUAUUUUUCCGCAUAUUGUAAUUGUUAGUCCGGAUGACCUACCGCUACACUCACGCCAACAUAUACCCAAAAAGAUAGGACAUUCCAUGGCAGUUUUACCCGAGACUCGAAAUUAUAUACAUAGUAGCUCGUAAUAUUGUAGCGUAUCCAUAUCCUUGUAGCCAUCCUCUCAUCUAUUAGUAUCAUUUUACUGCUUACCAAGAAUAGUCUACACCGACACAAUGGCAGCUUCUCACAACAAUAACGCGCAGAAGGUUUUUGUUGGUGGCCUUGCGCCCCAUACAAGCGAGGCUUCCCUACAGCAAUUCUUUUCGGUAUAUGGGCAGCUUCUUACACUUAGCUAGACAAAAAAUAGGAACUAGUGCUUUGAUGCUAGCUUCUAUUUUUUGAAUAUCAAACUAGAACUAGCUACCAAUCGAAGUUGUCGCUACUAUGGAAGAUCUCCUUGAACUAGUAGUACUAUUGAUAGUAUAGUAGGUUAUUCUAUCGAUCAUACAACUAUGUUUUCAAUAUGGUAUUUUCACUAUGCCACUAGCAGUAGCAGCAUAGAAAAGUAAGAAUAGAAAUAGUGAUAGGCACUUCCAUAUCCUAUUCCUAGGCGCUAACGCUAUUGCAUGUAUUGUUAUCUAACUACUCCUUUAUCGCAUGGAUUUGAGAAAAUAUCUCAAAUAACAUCAAAUAUUUUUUCACAAAACAGGCGUACGGCACUGUGGUGGAGACCAAUGUUAUGCGAAGUCCAGAUCAAUACACUGGGCAGCCGCGUUCUCGUGGUUUUGGUUUCGUCACAUUCGACAACGUUGGCAGCGUUGACAACGUACUUGAUUUUGAUGAUGAUUUUUCAUUACGCACUGUGCUUAUGUAAGGAUUCUUGUGACUUCCGCUUCAAAGCGUAUUAAGUUUUCACAUCAAUGUUGAUAAGGACACUUUUGCUCUUGCGUCUUUCGUCAAAGUGAGUUUCUUCGCCUCAAGCUGUUUGAAACAGUAGGAGCAGCCUUCUUCCACUUGUUUUCGCAACUACCUAGCAGUUCUCUCUAACUGAUUUCACAUCUUGUUUUCGCAACUGUCUAGUGUCUUUCUCAGCACGGCCUUCACGCUUUGUUUGUCUUUUUUCCUCUGUCUGCGAUCUUUCUUUGUCUUGAGUUGAUCUCUCUUGGUAUCAGUUCUUAGUGCUCUGUAGGUAACUAGAGCUUUCUCCUCUCUUAUUACUGUGUUGUCUUUUUCUUUGCGUCUGUGAAGUGUUUCUGCGCCCACCCAAUCCGGUGCGUCGAACAACUUGAAAAUAAACUUGCGAUUGUAAUUAUCCUUUGCAUAUCGUAUUUUUCCAGCUUGUCGGCCCGGGUGUGUUUCAAGUGCGACUGAACGUCGACGGUAAGGACUGUGACAUCAAGCGCAUAGACGAACAGCGAGGAAACGAUGCUGGCAAGAACGAAGUUGAAGAGCGCAAGGUUUUCGUCGGUGGUCUGCCGGACACCUGUGAUGGCCCAACGCUGCGAAGUACUUUUUAUUACUCAAUCUGAUUUUGAUUUGUGGUCAUUGUCUAGCUCUAGUCCCCAUAGUGUUACUUCAUCUUCAGGAAAAGUUAGGUACUUUGGUAAUUGAAAAAUAGUCGCAUGAUGCACGAUUUCACCCUGUAAGUAAAGGUAAGGUAAGGUAGAAGUCGCUGUUGUUUUCGUUCGAAAGUUUUUACCAUUGUAUGCAUGAUCAUGUAUGCCCAAAAUUUCUAUCUUUCACCCGAACCCGAUCCCGAUGAACCAUUUCCAGAUUACUUCGCGCAGUUUGACGCUUCUGUGCAGGAGGCACGUGUGAUGACAGAUCCCACAACGGGAAAAAGCCGAUGCUUCGGUUACGUCACGUUUUCCGACAAGUCGUGUGUGGCACUGGUUUUGUCGAAAAAGGCAGAGCAUUACAUCAACGAAAAGUGGAUCGACGUGAAAGAAUGCCAGACUAAAGGCGGAAAGGGGGGUAUGCAAAUGGGCAAAGGCGGCUUCGGCAAGAUGGGCGGCAAAGGAGGCAAGAUGGGCGGCCCGAAAGGCGGAAAAAUGGGCGGUAAGGACGACAUUUACAUAUUGGUUGCUAUUUCGUCGUUGCAAUAAAAUUUUUAGUUGUUCUCCGAAGCAUGCUGUUGAUAUUAUUAAUUUGUAUGCACUAUCGAAAAUGGUUUUAUAUUGACUGCAGCAGAUUCAUCUGUUUUAGACCCACCUACAGUAGAAAUGGCGAAACCCAAGCUACAGUAGAAAUGUUCGUCUUAAUCUUGCGUCGCUGGGGAGAAGAAGCUUGUUGAUGAAAAAAUAUUUUAUCCAGUGAGAUUUAUCCUGGAACAGACACAGAGUCAUACAUUCUCUUUCUUAGAAGUAGAUCAAUAUUCCUCAGUAGUAAAUAUGACUAGGUGUAACAUUCAACAACCUGUUUUAGCAUGAAGCCGAUAACAUAGUUCAUCAACCAACAUCUCAGGCUUCCAGCAGAAGGGCGGUUUUCAAGGUGGAUUCCAGCAGGGCUACCAACCGGCUUACCAGCAGCCAAUGCAAGGCUAUCAGCAACCGGCUUACCAGCAGCCCGCUCCGGCAUACCAGCAGCCGCAACCAGGUUACCAGCAGCCGCAGCCGGGAUACCAACAGCCGCAGGGACAGUACCAGCAGCCAAUGCCGCAGCAAUAUCAGCAGCAGGGCCAGUACCAGCAGCCCGCACCACAGCAGGGUUAUCAGCAGCCAGCACAGUACCAGCAGGCAGCUCCGCAGCAAACAUACCAGGCCGCGCCGCAGCAACGUAAUGAUUUAUUUGAUGCCUUCGUUACCACCUCUUAGGUGAUACUACUUCUAAUUUAUAUAUACUAUAUUCCAUGAUCAUUAGUAGAAUGAUGAAGACGAUGGUUUUCAGUAUGAUGACCCAGUGGUUAUUUGACGGAGAGAAUGUUUCCAUGACCGAUGAUUGUUUUGCUCACAGGGUUCGUUGUAGGUCGAAUGAUAUUAGGUGGUAAGGCACGAGAUUCUGAUUUUCCAAUAGUCAUAGGAAAAAUUAAUUAAUUUUUAUAGUAUCAGAAGUUCACAAUUUGGCUGAUGUAUUACCUCAUGCCAAACAUUUACCCUGCAAAUACAACAGAAUACGCGCAGCCGCAGGCCGCAUACCAGCAACCCGCUGCAGCAGAUCCGUACGCCCAGCAGGCCUAUCAACAGCCGGCGCAGCAGCAGCAAUUCCAACAGCGUCCGGGGCCCUACUAAAUACAAAAAUGGCACUUUGGUUUUGGCGAAAGAGUAG